CCUCGAUAUUGAGAUUAUAGGUGAGAUUUUCAGCCUCAUAUGAAGAGCCUCUGGUAGGUGCCAUUGAGGAUACUGAACCUGUUGGAAUAGGCUGGACAAAGUUUGGAAGCUGGACACUGCAUCCUAGGCUGCGAGGCUGGUUUAUCGUUGCCAUUGAUAUAUUACAAACAGAUGGUUGAGUCUGAUUUUAUUUAUUGUGGCCGAUAUAUCAAUUUGAACCAGAAUGCUAACGUCUUGCUGGUGCGAGCUCCCGCUCCAGAUGUCUUUUUAUACAAUCUGCAAGAGUGUUGCUCGGGAUAUCGUCUCCUGCUGCGACCCUACGAGAAUCGAAACUCGACAUUCAAAGGGGAUCCCUGAAGUACUGCACCCAGAAGCCACAACGAAUUUUGCAAGUCUGGACAGCCAUCGAAAGACACAAAGAAGGUGCAAUUUCAGAUCACACAAAAGUUGGUCCAACCGACGCCAUAGGUAUGCAAAGGCGCUUACACUGAAGAAAGGGGAAUAUGGCUAUCCUGAUGCGACGUCGGACCACAUCACCGACCGUGUCUUCUACUACAACACCGUACUUUAUAGCCCACAGACCGAGAAGCCCAUAUAUCGGCGGGUCCUGCUCAGUUUUGUGCUCAGUAUCGACGCAAUCUCGGAUGACAUUGCGCGUGUCCUGGGCCUGCCGAUCCUUCCGUACAAUGGGAAGGCGGUUCAACUGCAUAAUGGAGAGAGCGCAAAGCCGAUCGGGACAUUGCACUUGCAGUGGAAGAUCUACAACGGCAGAAGGGUAUACAAGACAAAGUUUCUGGUCAUCAAGGAUAGCCACUUUGACAUGUUGCUCGGGAGAUCCUCAAUCAAGAAAUAUAAGCUUUGGGAGGUGGACGGAGAGAUCGAAAAGAGAUUACAGUAUCGAUAUUGA